UAUGUAUAUAUAUAUGUGUAGGUGUGUGUAUGCGUGUUUAUUUAUUUAUUUAUUUAUUAAAUUAGAGUUGGAACAGUGUUGUCGAAAAUUAAAAGUAGCGGAAACAAAAUGUGGAUCAUUGAAGUCUAGAAUAAAUUAUAUGAAAAUGUUUUGUCAAAUUAAAACAGACACAACAAAAGAACAAUCAGAUAGUUUCCAAACAUUAAUUAAUAAUUCGCAAGAACAUGAUUUAGUACCUGAACAUUCUAAAAUAGAUUGUAACAUCGGUCUUUGUGAUUCAAACGUCAGUGUUUUAACAAAUCAGAACUAUGGUAAUUUUAUGCAAGAAAACCAAAGUCCUGAAGGAAGAAUUCAAGGUGAUAAGGAUAUAAGUCAAGUAUAUAUUUUUAUUAAUCUUUAUACUUUAUACUCAAUAUUAACAUAUAUUAAUACUGUAGAAAUAGAAAUGUGUAAUGAUAAAAUGUUAAAAGUAGAAGGAACUGAAAAUUUCUAUAGAGCUCUAGACUCUGUUUCUAUUUGCUCUACAUUGGAACCAGCUAUUCAUGAAGUAAAACAAGAACAAUCAAUGGAUAUUUUGGAAAAUAUGAUUUGUGAUGACAAAAAACAAGAGAUAGAAUAUACAACACAGCAGAAUAUUUUUUGUUUCAAAGAACCGUGUGAACAAUUGGUAGUAAAUAAUCCAAUCAAAUGGACUACUCAAAUUUCACCUUGUGCAAAUCCUGACAUCAAUCCACAAGAAUUAAGCUUGAAUAUUUCUGAUAGUAUAAAAAGUUCACGUACAUCCAAAUGUAGAAGUUCAAUAAAAGAAAACAAGGAGCCUAUAAUUAAUACUAUAAAUUUAAACAACAAAAAAUCUAUUUAUAAAAAUGAUCAAACGGUUAGUAAUAAAAUUAAGAAAAGACGAGGUAAAUUACGGAAUAUUAAUUCAAAAAGUACAGUAGCUACUAAAGAAGUGAAUGUAACUACAAGGAAAGAUGUUAGAAAACGUAAACAAAAAGAUCAUAAAACAAAUCAAUUAUUGGAACAACAUAUACCUUCUUCAAAACUUCAACAUAAUUAUAGUGGAAUAGUAGAACUUUAUCACAAUGCUGCAAUGAAAAGUGGUAGCAUCUCUGCAGUUUCUAGUAAACUUGAAAUGAAAAAAUUGAAAAAACAAUUUAAUAAUGGUCAAUGUAAUAUACAUACAAAAUUACCUCAUACUUAUGAUCAAUGUCAAAAUUAUGAGAAACAUCAAACAAAUCAACAUCAUGAUAAUAAGCUGCCCAUCUCUGAAGACAUCGCAGUGAUCAAAGACGAAUAUUCUUAUAAACAAACUCAAAAUGUAGAUAAAAUAGAAAUUUCUAAUCAUGAAUGUAAAUUAUAUCAACAACAGAACACAGUAUUUGAUUUAACGUGUUAUGUUCCAAUGGCUAAUCGUAGUUAUGAGAUGCCAACUUUAGCUUCAAAAUUAAAAAGGACAAAUCGAUCAUAUUUUAACAGAUUUAAUUUUAGAAAUAUACCAUUUGUUGUUGGAACUUCAGUAACUCCAAGUCACAACUUAGGAUUAAAUAUUCAACAAGUAUUAAGUAUUAUGAAAACAAAACAACCAAAUAUAACUGGUGUUACUCCAUUACUUAUACGUAAAGUUAGUAAAGGAUUAGAACCUGUAUCUACUCUUAUGAAACAAAUGGUUGUCAAAUCGGAAGAUAUAUGUACGGAAAAUAAUUGUCAUGCUAUUAGUGCAUUAGAGGAGAAAUGUUCAUAUUUAACUCAAACAUCUUCAAAAUUUAUAAAACAAUCCCCAAUAAUAAAUCCUGUAUUAAAGCCACAAGUUAUUACACAGAGUGAAACUAAUUCUUUCAUUACUCCUGAUGAUAUACAAAAACAAAAAAUUCAAGCAGACAAAGAAUCAAUCAAGAGUUACUAUUCUUCUGUAAAAAGUACAAUGACAGGAUUUAUUCCCCAAUGGAAUCUCAAAAACUAUCCACAAACAACAGAUUCUAUUUCAAAAGAAAAGCAGAAUAUGGUGAACUGUAUUAAAUUUAAUGAUAAGCCAAAUAUGCAAUUUUCUGAAUCAAAAGGAAUAAGAGAAGUUUUAAUAAAUCUUCAUGAUCAAUUUGAAGCAAUGAACGUGAAAUAUGAAAAUUUGCAAAAGAAAGCAGCAAAUUCUGAUGAUCAAUCAUUAAUAAAUGAAAUUGUUACACUGGAAAAAGAAUUAAAUUCCAAAGAAGAAGAAAUAAAUGCAUUAAUUAGUCUUUACAAAGAGGUUAUGGCAUUAAAGCAACAAAUGAAAAUGUUACAACAAAGAAAUAGUUUUGUAUGCAUUGCAACAAAGGUUCCUGCGGUGAAUAAAAUGUACUCUUCUACUCCAGUUAAUUUAAGUAAAACAAGCAAGAACUGUACAAAAGAUGCAAUGCAUACAUUUAGUAUGAAACGCCAAAAUAUUAUAAAUACUCAGAGAGAAGCUUCAACUUCAAUGAAACUUGCAGGUCUUUUAAGACAAAUACAAAUGUUUCAAAAACAACUUAAGCUCACCUCCUAAUAAAUGGAUCGAAAUAAUACGACGUAUUGGUCCAGGUAACAACUCGUGGUGCCUAUUUUCGUUACCAGACACGUGUCUCAUGCAAAACCGGCUUUUUCCAAAUGGAUUCCUCUUACGAGUAUGACGAAUAUAUAUGUGGCACGAAUACAUCUGAAGCGUUUCCUGGUAUUGGCGCUUAGGUCUGUUAAAGAUCAGCGAAGCCUAUUAGGAAACGUUGCGUCAUCUCUGGAUCAGUGCCUUGCAAGGGAGAAGACGACGACGACGACGACGACGCCCAGUAAAUAAAAUGAUGCACGCAUGCAGCCUAUGCUGCUAUGAUUCACAUUGUCUCUUUAGAAAUGAUUCAGCUCGAAAUAAGAUCAAAAUUAUAAGAAAAAAUAUGAGAUAAAUAAAAAGAAGAACAAAAUAAAACGGUAAUUUUAAAGAA